CAGUAGAAGAUAUUCUCAAUGGAAUUACAUAAAAGUGUGCGUACGUGAGUGAGUGAGUGAGUAGAUCGAGGUUUGCUAGGGGCAGAUGUGUCUAUCCACUUCAACUCCAAGAAUCUAAUUUUUCCAAGGAGAGCGGGACGAAGGAGGCGGGCCACGUGGCAAUCUAUGUCAGGAUUACAGAUUAGUGUUCAUUUGGCCCCUCUUCCUUUUUCACUACAUGCAUCAUCAUCUCUACUUGGACUCCAUUAAUAAUUUUCAUAUCUCUGCACUUAACCAACUAUCUCGAUCGAGGGAGGAUAAACAAGAGAGGGAAACACAGUAUGAAGAUUUUCAACUGGGUACAUCGAAGGUUCUAUCAUAAAGAUAGUGGAUUAGCACAAAAUGGGAAGAAAUGUGAAGAGGAUGAAAAGCAGUUUCUGCUGCAGGUGCAGGAGAAGAAAGGGCUUCCUUCCAACGUGUUUGAUGAGUGGAAGGGAGGGAUUCUGGCCAUAGGGACGUUCGGCUAUGAUCGGCUCAAGGUCGACCACCAUAGUGAUGAUGAUGAUGAAGAAUAUCGUCACGAUGUGAUGUCACUAAUUUCUUAUGAGGAAGAGGAGGAGGAAGAAGAGCAGGUAGUGCAGCAGCAGGCGGCAAUGAGCGAAUGUGAGGAGGAUGCGAAUCCAUUAAUGUAUGCUGCGUAUGCGCACAACUACGCGGGGUUGCUGGAGAUGAAGCGCGGUCCUUGUAGCUGCCGGAAGGAGGAGGAGGAGGAGGAGGAGGCACAAUUUGAGUAUGCGGCAAUGAUGAAGAUGAAGAGGGAGAGGACCACGCUUGCGGAGCUGUUCUCGGCUGAUUCUGACGAGGAGGAGGGCGAUGCUGACGACGAUCAUGAUGAUGAUGAUGACCAGAGGAGGGUGCAGAAAAACUUGAAAGCUGCAGGGAUGCAGCAGGUGAAAUCGAAGAAGAAUCAUAGCAUUGGUAAUAGUACUAGUAAUGGAAAUGGAGGAGGGCUGUCAUUCGCCAAGAAGAUCAUUGGGGAGGAUCAUGCUCGCCCCGCCAUGCACAAGCUCAAUCGACUGAUGAGGAGAAUGCUGAAGAGGAAGAUCCAUCCUUCUACUGACGUGGCGGCAGCGGCACACCAGCCUCACAAACAGCCACCUCUCCUCCUAGAUCUAACCAACUAGCUAUCUGAAGCCUUCCUUCUUCAUGGAGCUACGGCAAACAUAAGAUUGAUCUAUGAGGCACAGACCGGCUGAUGAUGAUGACGAUGAUGAUUCGACUGCAUCAUCAUCUACUUGUGUAAUUGGGUCGUCAGAAUGAAUAUAUAUAUUUAUAUAUCUGGACAAGCUAUUUGUGUGAGUGUGUGUGUGUGUCUUUUACAUGUGAUGUGUUUACUUGUUAUUGCGAUCGAGUGGUGGCAGUGCGUGGUGCUUAUUUACGUGUUGUUACUUACUGCGCGUGAAUGCAGUGCAGCAUUAAUUACUUCUAUUGGCUGCUUGCUGUCCUAGUGUGUGUGUGUCUGCUGUUUCUUUGUUUCUUUCUCUGUUUGUGUUAAAUCCAUUGAUUUUCCGUUGC